AUGUCAUCGCGUGAGGUGAUAAAACAACAACAACGACAAAAACAUCAACAACAGGAUUCAUUCGUUCCAAUAUUAUUGUCAAAAUCAUCAUCAUUAUCACCAGCGAAUAAUUCUAUUUCAUUUAAUCAUCGUCCACAACGACAAAAAUAUCCACUUGCAUACAUACAGAAACGUGAUUCAUCAAUACCAAAUUAUGGUUAUGAUUUUUUCAACGAAAUGGAAUCAUUGACUCCGCCGGGUAUAUUUUCUGAUCCAAAUAAUGGUCCUGUAUAUCAAAAUGUUCCACCACCACCACCAGCACCACCAUCAUCAUCAUCUAAUACAGGAAUGAUGAUGACAUCUGAUACAAAUUUUGUUCAUCCAAAUUUUUUUGAUACAAAUUUUAAUGAUCAUAUUCCAAUAAUUAACAAUGGUGUUAAUGGUGGUAAUGAUGGUACAGGUAAUAGUGGUUCAAUGAUCAAUGGUCAUCAUACUCAAAAUCAUAAUCAUUAUCGUCAUCAUCAACAAUUAUCAUCAUCACCAUCAUCGCAUCAAUCACAACAUCAUCAUCAAAAUUAUCAUCCUAAUCAACAUUCAAAUAAAAAUUCAUUACAACCAUUAAAUCCGUUUGGAUUAUUUAAUGUUGCGCCUGCAUUCAAUCAAUUAAUACAUCCACCACCACAGAUGCAAACAAAUCGUUUAGAUCUAGCUGCCGGUCCAUUAUAUCAUCAUGGACAUCAUCAUCCACCAGUAUUGUUGGUUAGCCAUAAAAAUGCCGGUUUUACUAAUUGGAUUGUACCAUUUUUAUUAAUGUUAUCAUUACCAUUUGUUUCGGGUGCUGCAUUUAUACCAUUAUUUUUGAAAAGUAUUGUUUAUCUAUUACAAAUUGGCCGUAAUUUAGGUAUUUUUUUCCCACUAAUACCACCGGUUUUGAAUGCAACACAUCAUAAUCAUAUUGGAUAAAUUUUUUUUCAAUACUUUUCACCUACAACACCUCCACAUGAUAAUAGAAUAUUCUUGUAUUUAGCUAACAAAACAGAUAUAUGAUAAAUUCAA